GAAUGUCUACCCAGAUCACCAUUGAUAUCUCCUAGUAAUAAUAGUAUGUCACUCGGCUGCUUAGAUGGUCCCGUUACCCAGAAUGAAAUUGAUUUGUUUAUUGGUUUUCUAGAACAACCUUCUAGAAUACCUAUAACUGCGCUGAAAAAUAAAUUAGCGUAUAAAUCAGCUGGUCAAGAUGUAGAAGCUUUAGGUUUAAUGUAUGAAGUUACUCAAAACCUUCAAAUCCUUGAUAGAAUGAUAACUUAUUCUGAUACUUUUUUGUCACUUCGAAAUGAUCCAGUAAAUGGACGAAUUAUGUGGACAGGACAAAGAGAGCUUGUCUGGUGCACAAAACCUGAAAAUAAAACUAUCUCUGGUUACGCUGGCUCCGAAGGUCUUGAUACAAUUGGGCAUAUAGCAUACACCGCUUACCAUAUCCUUAAAACUCCUUGCCUCUGGGACGAAAAUGUCACAGACAAUGAUCCUCAUGAGUAUGGUACAACAUAUAAAGAGCGUGCGCUUACAUACGUAACUGAAAUGGACAAGACUAUAGAUACCUAUUAUUUAAAGUAUUUCAUUCGUGAAAAUGAUUCGAAAAUUUAUAAUCCAAACUCUUCUGCAUGGGAUAAUCUUGGUGAACUUCCUGCAAAUUCGCCAAUGCCUUGGAACCGACAGCAAAUGAUGGCAAAUGGAUUUCUGAGAAUGGCAGAAUGCCAUGAAAUUCUUGGAGAUGAUGAAUCUCGUGUCAAUCAAUAUUUUAACAUUAUACAAGUUUCUAUUGAUUGGAUAGUUAGUGCAUUUGUCCCUGUUAAGACUAAAAAUGGCCUAGACGCAUAUAGUUGGAGUUAUACCGUGGGAACUAACUUUACAGAAGAAGUUGGCAUUCAUGCACUUUAUGAUAUUUGGGGCAUGUAUCGGGCAUGGCAACGAAAAGAUAAAUUAAAUGUUAGCAUGGAUGUUAUGGUUAAGCUUGCUAACACAAUGAUGUAUAUAAUAAAUAUUGAUAAUCAUACAGUUGCAACAAGAGUAGAUGGUACAUAUGAUAAUAAAACCACUGCUUACUUAUACGGACCUUGGGCAUUCUACGCUGAAUUUAUUCCUGACUGGUAUAAAUUUGUAUCUAACAUGAAUACGAAGGCUAUAAAAACUCACCCAGACUCAUACACUCCCAUUACCUCUCACGCUUCUACUAACUCUCAGUCCGGGCAUUGCCUAGAUAUGGGAUAUUUAAACUGUUGUCAG